AUGGCACCCCGUUGUUUCAUUGUCCGCCACGGCGAAACAGAAUGGUCUCUAAACGGCCGCCACACCGGCUCGACAGACCUCCCCCUCACAGCGAACGGCGAGAAACGCAUAAUUGCGACAGGCAAGGCGCUAGUGGGGAAUGAUCGAUUAGUCGUGCCAAAGAACCUUGUCCAUGUAUACGUCUCACCCCGCACCCGCGCCCAACGAACCCUCGAACUCCUCGAAAUCGGCUGCCGCGAACGACUACCCUGGAACGAAAAGCGGAAGCCCGAAAGCCAAGAGCCGAUUCGCACGGAGGCGAAGGUGGAGGUUACCGAUGCAAUUCAGGAGUGGGAUUAUGGUGAUUAUGAGGGUUUGACCAGUAAGCAGAUUAGGUCUAUCCGGGCAGAGAAGGGGGAGGGACCUUGGAAUAUCUGGACGGAUGGAUGUCCUGGUGGAGAGUCACCUGAAGACGUGAUGCAUCGUCUUGAUGCAUUGAUCGCCGAUAUCAGGGAGAAGUAUCAGCGGCAAUGCUUUGAGAACCCGGAUUCGCCCAAGGGUGAUGUUCUCGUUGUUGCGCACGGACAUAUUCUCCGUGCAUUUGCAAUGCGCUGGGUAGGCAAGCCGUUGACUGAGACAUCUUUUAUCCUCGAGGCUGGAAGUGUGGGAACUCUGAGCUAUGAGCACCACAACAUCGAGGAGCCUGCAAUCAUGCUGGGUGGACAAUUCGUGGUUGAAUAG